GAUCCCAAGAAGAAGAAGAAGAAGCAAAGGCAAAGUAGUCCGGAGAGAAAGGCUGCAGAGGAUCCCAAGAAGAAGAAGCAAAGGCAAAGUAGCCCGGAGAGAAAAGCUGCAGAGGAUCCCAAGAAGAAGAAGAAGAAGAAGCAAAGGCAAAGUAGCCCGGAGAGAAAGGCUGCAGAGGAUCCCAAGAAGAAGAAGAAGCAAAGGCAAAGUAGCCCGGAGAGAAAGGCUAUAAAGGACCCCAGGAAGAAGAAGCAAAGGCAAAGUAGUCCGGAGAGAAAGGCUAUAGAGGAUCCCAAGAAGAAGAAGAAGCAAAGGCAAAGAAGUCCGGAGAGAAAGCCUGUAGAGGAUCCCAAGAAGAAGAAGCAAAGGCAAAGUAGCCCGGAGAGAAAGGCUGCAGAGGAUCCCAAGAAGAAGAAGCCAAGGCAAAGUAGCCCGGAGAGAAAGGCUGCAGAGGAUCCCAAGAAGAAGAUGAAGCAAAGGCAAAGUAGCCCGGAGGGAAAGGCUGCAGAGGAUCCCAAGAAGAAGAAGCAAAGGCAAAGUAGCCCGGAGAGAAAGGCUACAGAGGAUUUCAAGAAGAAGAAGAAAAGGCAAAGUAGCCCGGAGAGAAAGGCUGCAGAGGAUCCCAAGAAGAAGAAGAAGAAGCAAAGGCAAAGUAGCCCGGAGAGAAAGGCAAGGCAAAACAGCCCGGAGAGAAAGGCUGCAGAGGAUCCCAAGAAGAAGAAGAAGCAAAGGCAAAGUAGCCAGGAGAGAAAGACUGCAGAGGUUGCAGAGGAUCCCAAGAAGAAGAAGCAAAGGCAAAGCAGCCCGGAGAGAAAGGCUGCAGAGGAUCCCAAGAAGAAGAAGAAGCAAAGGCAAAGUAACCAGGAGAGAAAGACUGCAAAGGAUCCCAAGAAGAAGAAGAAGAAGCAAAGGCAAAGUAGCCCGGAGAGAAAGGCUGCAGAGGAUCCCAAGAAGAAGAAGAAGAAGCAAAGGCAAAGUAGAAAGGUUGCAGAGGAUCCCAAGAAGAAGAAGAAGCAAAGGCAAAGUAGCCCGGAGAGAAAGGCUACAGAAGAUCCCAAGAAGAAGAAGAAGCAAAGGCAAAGUAGCGAGGACAGAAAGGCUGCAGAGGAUCCCAAGAAGAAGAAGCAAAGGCAAAGUAGCCCGGAGGGAAAGGCUGCAGAGGAUCCCAAGAAGAAGAAGAAGAAGCAAAGGCAAAAGAGCUCGCAGAGAAAGGCUGCAGAGGAUCCCAAGAAGAAGAAGAAGAAAGGCAAA